AUGUGUGAUUCGUCAAUGUCAGUUGAUGUCUCCUUCAAACUAAGAAGGAUCACCGCUCCACAAUCUCCCAGGGAACUUAAAAAGAGCCAUAGCACCAUAGUGGCUAAACUCAUAGUACUGCACCGGCUAAAACCAAAUAUGACAUCUUCUUGUAUACAUGGCGGAUCUCUUAAGGCGCAAGGAGGUGCAGUUGCACCUCCCCUAGCCGGAAAAUCACCUGGAGAGGCCGUAAUUUGCCCCUUUGAUGAUGCUCACCAUUUGUUCGAUUAA